AUGGGAGAGUUUGAGGCAGAUGGAGAAGAGAAGUUGAUUGUUGCUGCAAACUAUCUCGUCAAGGAGCUUAGAUCUGGAAAGAGCCUCACUAGAAACGCUAAGAAUGUUUUGGGAAAUCUCUUAUCAGAGCUGUCUCGUAUAACAAUCUCUGAGGAUAAUAGAGAAGAAGAUCAGGAAGAUGAUAUAGAUGAGAUUGAGCAAAGGCUUAAUCUUGUCAGCGAGAAGAUCACGACUCGAGAUGUCGAUGAAUCAAUGAUCUGGGACUUAGGUUCAGAAGAAGGCAAUGCGUUUCUCGAUUCCGUGAAUGAGCUGAGAUCUUUGAUUGAUCGGUUAGACGCAGGAAAGACUGGAACAGAGGAGCAAUCUCUGAGAAAAGCUCAUGACGUUCUUCAAACGGCAAUGGCAAGGCUAGAGGAUGAGUUUAAGCAUCUUCUUGUUGAGAACAGAUUGCCUUUCGAGCUCGAACACGCUUCUUUUCGUUCUAACGAAGCGGAUCUUGCUGCGGAAGAAGGAUCCAUGGCUUCUUUUGGCGCUGCUUCCACUGAGGAUUUGAAUCUUGGAAGCAGCAACAGUAGGAGAAACUCAGCUGAGAUCAUUGUUGAUUUGAUUAACCCUGAGGUUGUUUCAGAUCUCAAGAACAUUGCAAACACUAUGGUUGCUUCAGGGUAUGAUCGUGAGUGUAUCCAGGUGUGUACAGUGGUGAGAAAAGACUCUCUCGACGAGUUUCUUUAUAACCAUGAGGUGGAGAAGCUGAGCAUUGAAGACGUUCUGAAGAUGGAUUGGUCUACGUUGAACACGAACAUCAAGAAAUGGGUUCGUGUGAUGAGGAACAUCGUGCAGGUCUAUCUCCUGAGCGAGAAGUCUCUUGACAAUCAGAUCUUUGGGGACGUGAACGAGAUCGGUCUAACGUGUUUUGUUGAUACAGUGAAGGCUCCGAUGAUGCAGCUGCUGAACUUCGGCGAAGCUGUGUCUCUUGGUCCGAGACAGCCGGAGAAGCUGCUGAGGAUUCUUGAAAUGUACGAGCUUGCUUCCGAGCUUUUACCGGAGAUCGACGCGCUCUUCUCGGAUCAUCCUGGCUCCAUUGUGAGAGCAGAGUACAGAGAAGUGAUGAGGAGGCUCGGCGACUGCGCGAGAACGACGUUUCUUGAGUUCAAGAGCGCGAUCGCUGCGGAUGUCUCGUCGCAUCCUUUCCCUGGAGGAGCUGUGCAUCCGCUGACGAACUACGUUAUGAAUUACCUCAUGGCGUUGACGGACUUCAGCCAGACGCUUGACUCGCUUCUCAUGGAGCAAGACGAUGCGGAGGAUCUCACGAUUCCUCCAUCGCCGGAUAUUCUUAAUCCGGUGAUGGUGGAAGAAGAGUCUACCUAUGAAAACUCUUCUUCGCCGGAGAAGUUUCUUGUGAUGACGAGGCAUUUCUACUCUAUUACAUCGGUUCUUGAAGCUAACCUUCAAGAGAAGUCGAAGCUGUAUCGAGAUGUGUCUCUGAGACAUAUUUUUCUGCUCAACAACAUACAUUACAUGACCAGGAAAGUGCUAAACUCAGAGCUGAAACAUAUCUUUGGAGAUAAAUGGAUCAGAAAACAUACAUGGAAGUUUCAGCAGCAAGCAACGGAGUACGAACGUGCCACUUGGCUCCCUGUCCUGUCUUUCCUCAAGGACGACGGUACAGGCUCAGGCUCAGGCUCUGGCAAUGGCAAUGGUUCUGGUUCUGGUUCUGGUUCGAGAAACUUGCGUCCGAGGGAGAGGUUUCAAGGAUUCAACACAGCGUUUGAGGAAGUGUACAAGACGCAGACGGCUUGGCUGAUAUCGGAUGAGAGGCUGAGAGAAGAUGUGAGGACGAAGGCGUCCAUGUGGGUGAUUCAAGCGUACUGGACGUUUUACAGUAGGCACAAGAACAGUGUGAGUGAGAGGUAUAUCAAGUACACUACUGAUGAUCUUGAGACUCUCUUGUUGGAUCUCUUUGCUGGUUCUCCUAAAUCCUUGAACAAUUCUUACAGAAGGUGA